AUGGUUAAAAUUGAAAAAGGCCCAGCUUUGGGCAAGCUGAAGACUUCCACCGCGCUCGCACCUUCGAAGAGUGGAUCAACACUGAAUAUGGCUGCUAAUAUUAAAGUAGUUGUAAGGGUUCGACCUUUGAAUGAAAAAGAGAAGGAUCUUAAUAAUCGCGUGGUGAUUGAUGUUGUUGAUGAUAAAAUGUUGGUGUUUGACCCCAAAGAGGAGAUGCGACCAUUUUUCUAUCAGGGCGUUCAACAACCGAACAAAAAUUUUCUAAAGCGAGCCAAUAAAGAAUUAAAGUUUGUCUUUGAUCAUGUAUGUGGACAGAACGCUUCCAAUCAAGAUGUUUUUGAGAUGACAACGAAGGAUAUUUUGACUUCCUUGAUGGAGGGUUAUAAUUGUUCAGUGUUUGUGUAUGGUGCUACUGGUGCUGGGAAGACGUUUACCAUGAUCGGCAGUAAGGAGAACCCGGGCAUCACAUAUUUGACUAUGGAACAUUUAUUCUAUACUAUAAACUCGUUUGAAAAGGAGAGAGAGUUUGAUAUUGGUGUUUCAUAUAUUGAAGUAUAUAAUGAAAAUGUGUAUGAUCUGCUCAAACCUUCGAACACACCACUCCAACUGCGAGAGGACUCUAAGUAUGGUGUGAUGGUGGCCGGCCUCACGCUUAACAACAUCAAGACAGCUCGGGAACUUUUGAACAUGUUAGAAAACGGCAACAAGAAUAGGACUCAACAUCCUACUGAUGCUAAUGCUGAGAGUUCUAGGAGCCAUGCAGUGUUUCAGGUAUAUGUAAAAAUGAGGUACAAAACUAGCAGUCAGCUGAGAAUUGUGAAGCUUUCAAUGAUAGAUUUAGCUGGUAGCGAACGAGCAUCUGCUACCGGAUGUGUGGGUGAACGGUUCAAGGAAGGGGCUAAUAUCAACAAGAGUCUCCUGUCCCUUGGAAAUUGCAUCAACAAAUUAGCAGAUGGCAGUAGUUAUAUACCUUAUAGAGAUUCAAAGCUGACUCGUCUUCUAAAAGAUAGUCUUGGUGGCAAUUGCAAAACAGUUAUGAUUGCAAAUGUUUCACCAUCAAGCAUCAGCUAUGAAGAUACAUACAAUACUCUGAAGUACGCAGCUAGGGCUAACAAGAUACAGCUUAGCAUUAAAAAGAACAUUGUUGAUGGUGAUAUGAGACUAUCUCAGUAUGUGAAAAUUAAUGAAGAGUUAAAGAAGAAGGUUAAGGAGUUAGAGGCGAAACUUACAUUGAGUGUCGUAAAGCCAGUCAACAAGGAGGCCAACUCGGCUAAAGAGAAAGAGCGGCAGGAGUGGCGGCGGCGGCUGGGCGAGGCGGCGCAGGCGCAUGGCGCGCUGGCGGCGAGUCUGCUGGCGCUCAUGAGCCAGCAGCGCGUGCUGGCGCUGCGCCAGCGCCUGCGCACGCGCGCGCUGUCGCACGUGGCCGACCUGGCGCACCGCUCCUCCUCUGACGCCAUGGAGCAGAUGUGUACAGAAGACAUCCCGAGGCAAGAACGUGCAGCGGAAAAUUACUUGAAGCAGUCUGUUAAUUUGGACUCUAAAAUUAUGACCGCGUGGACAAAAUGGAAUGAGAGCCUAAAGAAGCUGCAAAUCCUUUUUAACGACGCCGUAGCCGACUGUCCAGAGUUAAUAGACUUAGUAGAGAAAAUUCAAUUGCAAAAUGAAAUACGCCACGUCAAAGCAAGAGACGACUUACGGUACAAAUUACUCGCUAUCGAAAACGAUGAAAUAAACGCAUUCACGGAUUACAUGAGCGAUAUGCCCAGUAUGCUCAAAAAGCUGUAUUUGACGUUGAAAGGCUAUGACAAAGCGCCACCAGCGCUGACGGCCGAAUAUUUAGAAAUAAUGAAGAAGGCUAAAUCAGCAAAGGGCAUAACUUGGUCUGACAAAGAUAUGGAGAGCGACAGCCACUUCAAAUUCGUAUCAACCUUGGACUUGGAUAAGCCAACAACGACUAUGGAUUACAUAACGGAUAUUAAAAAGGAGGAUGUGAAUUCAACGAUCGAUGUAGUGACAGAUAGCGAUGACUUAACUGAUAUUGAGAAUCGUGUACCAAUACUAUCGAAAAAACGUAAGGGAACGCCAAUUAAACUGUCCAAUAAUGAAACUAUAAUCAUUAAUGAUUCGUUAGAAAGCUUAGAUACAACGAGAAAUCUGAAUUCAGCGAAAAAAGUUAAAAGGGAUCUAAAUCCUCAUCUGGAUAUUGAGAAUUAUGUUACGAUAGAUCCAAAGGAUUUGAAUUCUACUUUCGUGCUUGCCGGUAAAAUUGAUGAAUGGAAGAAAGUUCCGGUGAAAACUGAAAUUAAGGCAGAAGUACAGCCGAUGAAGAAGGGUCUGGUGGACAGAACGAAUACAAUGCCCAGGACUAUUACGUUCAAUGAUAACAGAGCGAGGGUAGUGAAGCCAGUGGUUGGUAAAGCGCUGCCAGUGCGGCGGGCGGUACCUCGAGGGCCGGGGUUCGGUUCCAGCCUCGCAAGGGACGGCACUCCUUUACAGAGGAACAUACAGGAUGGCACGAGAAAGACUACUGUCACUGAAAAAUCAGUGGGAUUUAAAGCUGUACGAGCGAGGGACAGGGUGCAGACGCAUCCGUACUCGAGACCAGCGGCGAUCAACUCGAGGAAGUGA